AUGGUCAAGGCCUUAGCCGUGGCCUCCUUCCUCGGCCAGGCUGCUGCUCACAUUGUCAUGGCCAACCCUCAACCCUUUUCGGCUGAGUACAUGGCCACCUCUCCUCUUGCCUCUGACGGCUCCAACUUCCCUUGCCAGUACACCGGCCCGUCGUCAUACACCUUCAACCAUAUGAACAACAUGGCCGUGGGUGAGGACCAGCUUCUCAGCUUCAACGGUUCCGCCAGUCACGGUGGUGGUACCUGUCAGCUGGCUGUCACCCUGGACACUGCACCCACCAAGUCCUCUGUCUGGAAGAACAUCAUGGUCCUUGAAGGUGGCUGCCCUGUCGUCGGCAACGGCAACGACGGCACCAAGACUUUCAAGUUCCAGAUCCCUUCCGGCUUCCCCAACGGCAAGGCGACCUUCAGUUGGGUGUGGAACAACCGCAUUGGCAACCGGGAGAUCUACAUGUCCUGUGCUCCGAUCACCGUCUCGGGCGGUUCCGACAGCGGCAAGGACUUCUACAACAGCCUUCCUGACCUCUACGUCGUCAACAUGCCUCCGGAAGAGUGCACUGUUGCUGAGAACGGUAACUUGAUCAUUCCCAACCCCGGC